AUGCCCUCCCAGGCGAUUCGCUUGCGCCUCGUCGUUCGUCGACACGCCGUCCCUGAGGUCAAGCUCGUGUGGCCCUGCGUCGCAUCUGAUGACCUCACAGUUUCCAAGCUCCUCGCGCAGGUCAACGAGGUGAUUCCGCUCGAGAGCGGAGAUUGGGGACUGGAGGACUAUGCUGUAGAGCUUGCCGACGACAAGGGAGAUAGCUUCGAGCUGCUGCAUUUCCAACAGGUUGGCAAGGUCUUGAAGGCAGACGACCAAGUUUUGAUUCGAUCGCUCCUCACAGACGACUUGCGACGGCGGAGACUUAGCGGACGACACCAGAUUUCUGAGGAUGGCAAGCACCUUAUUGACGGCCUUGCUUUUGGCAGGCCGUGGCUGAGGCAACCACGAGAUCGACCAUCCCUCGACUUACCGCCACGAAAACGAGCUCGAAUCACACACGAAGAAGAACUCGACGAACAAGAUGAUUCAUACUCGGACGAGGAACACCAGUCAGAACAGCUUCUACUUGAGGAUUCUGAGUCGCAUGCUGUGGAUGAACCAGGCAGUGUAACCGUCCGCGCAAGGUUCAUCGACAUCGACCCGACUGUCGACUUUGAAGAGGACGAGAUCGAUAAUGGCGAUGGAGACUUCUUUCCGGCUCGGGAUAUCGAGGCGGAGCCUGCCAUGGACGAUGAAGUUGACGAGAUGAGCGACGAAGAGGAGCUGGAUGUGGACUUGACUGAGGAGCUGAGACUUUUGCAAGAGGAUAAUGCUCUGGUUGAGCAAACACCACCGGUAGAACAGCACACUCUACUGUCCAGCAACAACAACAGUCAAGAUCCGCAAGCCCUUCUUCCAGCUUACACCUUUGAUCUCUCGCUUCUCGACAAGAUCACAGCACUGCGAGCAGCGUUCCCCUUGACCUCGAUAUCUACGAUACAAUCUGAACUGCUUCGACACGAGAAGGAUCUGCGGACAACAUUCCAGGCCCUCUCCAAAUCAAAUGAGCCAACACUCAGUUUCGAUGAAGUUAUGGACCGCGCUCUGCUCGGUAUCAAUGACAGUGAUGAUCAGCCAGGGAUUCUGAGACAGGAAAGCCCAAGACUGGGAGACUUUGGCACCGCAGAACUCCAAUUUCCUGGACGUCCGGAGCCUGUGAACACAACACGCCCAUUGAUUGAGGAGGUUGAGUUUGCAGAGGACCCUGUUCCAAACCUGGUCAGUCAGGUAGAGAGUGAGCCGCGACCAGCGCUGAUCACCGUGGUGGAAGAGGAGGCUUCGAGCGACACCAGCAGCUCUGACUCGGACUCAGAUUCGGAAUCAGACUCAGAUGAUGAAUCCGAUUCCGACUCCGACUCUGAUAGUGACGAUGACAAGAUCGCUGUUGCUGUGGAAAAGUACUCAGAUAGCUCCGACGCCAGCAGUGAUAGCUCUAGCAGCAGCGAUUCUAGUUCGAGCGAAGACUCGGAUUCGGAUUCAGAACCUGAAGAGGUAUCUUCAAAAGCAAAGGCCCAGAGAUCACCACCCAAGUCACUCAAGCCUUCUGCACCUCAACUAAUUGUCGAGGUCAAGGCUGCAGACGCUCUCUCCCAAUCCACUGAGGAGCCUGCUGCCCCCGGCGCCGGCCUGUCAAGGACAAAGAAGAGGAAUGCGAGAAGGCGCGAGACCAAGCGUCUCAAGGCACUUCAGGCCCUGGCAGAUACACCGUCUCAAUCUUCUGUCAACGGGGACGUCAAUGAAGAAGCCGAGCUUAUGGCACGAAAGCGAGCGCUUCUCAGCGUUGUCAGUGAUGAUCAUGAAGAUCAGGCCCCAGCGCCGUCUACAGAAAAGCCCACCAACGAGGCCAAGGCUACGGAACCUGCAGCACCCAUGGAUGAGGCACCAGAAGUGGCGGCCGCUGAAGAGGCAGUUUCAAGCGCAGAGCCCAAGGCCUCACGCCGCCUUAAGGUCGACAUGGGCGCCGGACGAAGACUCUUGCUUGGUGCCCUUGGACUGAAGAACCCCAAGUCGAAGGCUGAGGAAGACAAGCUUCGAAAGAAUCUCAUGAAGGAUGUGAAGCCUUUGGAGAACCCUCGGGUUCAGAGCAACGAGGCAGCAAAGAACGACGCUGUUGCUGAACUGGAACAGCCAGAUGAAGAUCCCGACGCGUGGCGAGAGAAGAUCUCGUAUCGCGCUGUUGAAUGCUGCCAUGAGGGCAUGGUGUUGAGCGAACCACCAUUCCCGUUCGUGCAGCGAUGGGAUCCUCAACAGCAGUACGGAUCCAUGAGGAAGCGGAAGAGAGCCUCACAGAACUUCUACGAUGAGAGCUACUACGACGAGAAUGAACAGGCGUAUGGCGAUGAAGCAGAGUGGAAUGAUGACAGCCAGCAGAAGAAAAAGAAGAAGAAGAAGAAGUCCAAGAAGGGAAAGUCGAAGGAAAGUAGCUACGACGAGGAUGAAUAUCUCGACAGCCACUUCGACGCCAGACAGGAGAGUGCCGAUGCGGACGUGGUGCUGAACUAUGAUGACGUACCAGCCAAAAGCAACCUGGAAAGCAGCCAGUUUACGGACAUGGAUGAUCUCCCCUCGUUGCCAUCGGACAUCUCUUCUCUUCCCAGCCUCGACUUUUCCGAGGUCAAGCCUGGUAUGGUCAUGACAUGGAAGCAGUUGCUUCUAUCGAAGGCAACCAACUGGCAGCCCGAAAUCUUGCCCGUGACAGGAAUGGUUCUUUCCGUUGAUGCGGACAACACCCUUCACGUCCUACUAGCAAAAAGGGACCGUGAACGGAAUGACAAAGAAUAUGACCAGCACACAGGCAAGCGGGUGUAUGCCAAGUUUGAAGCACCAGACCUGGAUGAAGACGAAGACGAGGAGGAUGAUGGACGGAGGGAGAUUUCCUGGGCAGAAAUGAGUGACCCAAGAAUGGUCCAGCAGGCGCCAUCGCCCAGCAUGUUGGAGACAUCGACCAACGGCCCAGAACUCACAACCGAAAAGCAGCAACAUGCACAAAACGGGGAUUCGGCGGAGGACAACAAGGUUAGCGAGAGACAAGAUCACGAUGGAACUAAAACUGAGGAGUUAGGUACACAGGAAGUGAGAACCGAGGUGGAGGCCGAUCUAAGGGAACGGGCAGCAGCAGCCAAAGCUACUGAGAGCAACAAUUCAACCUCGAUCCCUUCUGGCCAGGCGCCUCCGCGGCUCGAGCUAACGACGUCCGGAGACGACACACCAAUCAGCAGCCUGGUCCGAAAUGCCGACACGUCGAGCGACAUGGUUAACAGCCCUUCACGACAGUUGCAGGAAACGUUACACGCGGCCAUAGCACGCGAGGAGCACACUCUGUCCCACGAUGCAGAGGGUGCUACAGCAGGGGAGAUGGAGAAGGAGGUUGAUGAGAUAGGGGAUACAGAAGAUGUUGCAGAUGUCGACAUGGAGUCGAGUGCUGGUGUUGAAGGGACCGAGUUGGAUGCUAUCAUUCCGGAUAGCAUAGCAUCUCCAGAACUUCCACCACUUCCUUUAAAGAACAUGGGACCCAUUGAUCACCGAACUUUGGCGGUACCUUCGUCCGUUGGUAGCAUCCGCAGUGGACGACAGCCGCCUUCGAUUAACGGGCAUGAAGAUCUCCUAGAGGAGUGUGUUGAAGACUCAGCAGUUGCCGAAACGAUACAGCGACCUCACAAAAAGUCGCCCAGCCCACGCCCAUCUUUGAGAAGCAGCAGCCCGUUUCCUUCAUUAGAAGAGAUCUUCCAUACAGCUGCCACGUCAAGACAGACACAAAGCCCGGCGAGAUGGACACAACAGUCAGUGCUACAAUCGUUGAAGCCUGGCAAGGGGGACUUGGAGUAUGAAGAGGCGAUGCGGAAGCUCGAUGAGGGCGAGGACGACUCUGAUCGGUCACCAGAUCGUAACAAGUCCCUUCGCAGCUUGUUCCCGAACGCAACACAACCGGAACCCUCAAAGAAUUCGUCGUCGCUUCAGCCGGUCAAGGUUGAGGCGCCGGUCAAGACUGAACGUCCUGCAACACCACCAACAUCACAGAAAGUCAAGCGAGAGUCACCAUUUGUGAUCCCGGAAGGCAGCCAGGUUAUCGAACUGAGCUCCAGUCCGCCCUCUGUGCAGUUUGUCGAACACUACGCCGAUGACAGCGUGGAUGGUACUUAUCAAGAUAACUCAAUGCCCCAAGGUUCCGGCUGGGUUCAAAAGAAUUUUAUGACGCGAAGUCGAGGGAAGAGUGUCCCUGCAGCAGCUGCAUCGGCAAGCAACAGCACAGGCUCGCAAACUCGGCCUGCUCGGGGACGGACAUCGUUGCCACCGGCUCGGGAUGUGACGGCGAGCGCCUAUAGCCAGAUCAAAGGACGGAGAAGGACGACCCGCAAAUUCUAA